UCACUCAAUUUUACAUGCGAACAAGAACUUCUUCUACUUCAGAAACUAAAAAGAAAACUGUAUCCACAGCUGAGACGAARAAGAGAAGUUCUUCUAUUGCAGAGCCAAAGAAGAAACCUAAAAAGWCUCAAGAAAAACCCUUACGAUCUUCCAAACCCRUUAAGAUGUCCGAAGAACCACCGAGAAUUCAAAGACAGCAACAGGCGCCAAAGACAGAACUGGAUUUCGAAAUCGAAAAGCUAAAAGCUGAGUUGCAGCAAGAAAAACAGAUGAAAGACAUGUUAGAGGAAUCAUCACAAGAAUUAGAGAAAACAAUUUCCGAGAUGCAAGGAAAAUAUGAUACAGUUGAGAAUGAAGAUAACGAAUGGAAGACACGAUUCGAGACACAACAACAAAUGAACAAUCAACUAGAGAAGCAAAUUCUUCUUUUACGAGACAAACUAGAACAGAUGAAAAUUCCAUCAAGGGAUGGGAAACCAAAGCACAUCAAAACAUAUAAUGGCCUAAAUGAUGCAGAAAUAAGAAAGCUAAUGAGGCAAAUGGAACGGGACAAAGCAGCUCUUGAGGGACAGUUAAAAGAUCUGGAAUGGAGAUUAGAUAAUGAAUCCAAGGCAUAUCAUAAAAUAACAGAAGAAAGAAAUAAGUAUAUCACUGAGCUCCAUGAGGCAAAUUCUGUCAUUGAUGACACAAAAACUAAAAGACGUCAGGCUCUCAAUGAUGCUCAGAGACAAAGUGAUGUGCAGUUAGGAAGAAUUUCAAAUUCUACUUUGCAAAAGGGAGCUAAUGUAUUUGGUUUGCCUGAUAACCAAAGGAUUCUGGACCCUAAGAAAGGCCCAGUCAAGAAAACUGCUGCAGUCAGAAAACUGCCAAAGCUUGACAAUCCUAGUCAAAGUCCAAGAUGAUCACACUAAUGUUUAUUCUAAAUAAUAUAGGUGAAACAUUACAUACUUUGUAUAUAUAACAUGUACAUAUUAAUUUUUAUUUAUUUUAUUCAAAUCACUUAAUGCUAACUAAAAGCAAGUGCUAUUUUUUUAUAGUUUGUAAUACAA